CUGCUCUCUACCGCCGACCCGGCCCUCGAGUCGACGAUCCUGGCCGCAGCUCUGCACGCCACGUCGAUGGGGCUCGCGAAUGCGCACCGCCCCGGCGCCAUCCUGCAGACGCUGCAGGCCUCGCUGCUGCUCGCGCAGUACUUUUUCCACGGCGCGCGGCUGCUCGAGGCGCGCUACCACGCGAUCGCCGCGCUGUCCAUCGUGCUCGGCGCGGACUUCCACAAGAUCCGCUCCGGCGCGGGGUCGCGCCACGGCGGGCAUGGGUCGCCGUCGGAGAUCGCGCCCGCGGUGACGCUGCUCGAGGAGGGCGAGCGGAUCAACGCGUUUUGGGCCGUGCUGACCCUGAACUGCUGUCUGUUCGCGGUGGCGCAUCCGAUGUCGGGGUCCAGCGUGGACUACGGGAUGGUGGACGUUCCGUGGCCGCUGGAUAUCGAGCUGUACGAGCGGGACUCGCGGUUUCUGCCGCUGCAGAGCAGCCGAACCAUCGAGAGCUUCCUGGCGAAUCGCGCAGACCAGGGCCGCUCAGUGCUGGCGCUCCGGGCCAAGGCGGCCGUUCUCUUCGAGCAGGCGUCGCUGCUCUCUUCGCAGGCCACAGAUCACGCCCAGUUAUCUGCAAAGCAUAUCGCUCUGAACGCCGCGAUCGAGAUGUUCAAGCAGACGCUGGGGGCCAACCAGCAUCCGGGCCUGCUUAUCGCCCAUGUGCUAUCCCAUGCGUCGACGCUGCUGUUGCAUAGGCCCUUUGUGGGUAGCUACGACGAGUCGCGGCAAAGCAUGCUGCGUGCUGCUCGCGUGAUCGUCGAUAUCACACGCAGCCAGAAUUGGACGGCGUUGGGGUACAUCGAUCCGGUGUUUGGUACCAUCUGGGCCCUGACACUCGAUUUCCUGGGAGGAGAAAUCUCUCGCCUAAAGUACCGAGGCAGUCCCGGCAGUGCCCAGAUGUUACGGCAAUUCAACGAAGCCGGCCAGAAUGUCCUAUCUGCCAUGACUACUGCGGCGUCGCGAUGUAAGAUGAUCGAGGUGCAAAUCGAGUCGACUAUGAAUCAGUUUCUCGGCGCUACCAACGCCAUAGCUUAAUCGAACAGUACUGUAUACAAAUGAUAUUUUCUCCCACUGCGCUCGACGGUACCUCAUGCCGGAGGAUGGACAACCUUACUCCACUAUCCUCUUCAUUUUUCAUUACUUUUAGCGGUCAUCUCUAGAAUACUUUAAUCGACUCUACUUUCUC